GCUCACACCCAACUCCGUGCAGCCGUGUAUCUGCUAGUUCCUGUGUGGUUUGCCUACAGUCUGCAGAGCCGGUGGGGGGUAGUUUGGAGGCGAGGGUAAGAGGGAGUGAGGUCUGCGAGGUGCACCCUCUUUCUGCGUGGCACUUGGAAGGCAGGACAAGGUGGAUCUCUGCUCUGAAACGCAGUCAUUUUGAUGUUUGCAUUCCUCUUCCUUCUUACAAGAGAAGAUUCUAAUAACUCGGUGUCAAAGCCAAGAUAUAAAGUCAGCUUCUCCUCUUCCGAAAGGGUGCCGCAGGGUGCUCCACAUUGCCUCUUACCAGGAGGCACAUGAUUCCAGUUUGCUCUGAGAUUCAUGACUCCAGAAUGUGAACUUGCACCAGGCUCUCUUUCACUGGAAAGCUUCACGUCACAACAUGGAAGCUGUCGCCAAGUUUGAUUUCAUGGCAUCCGGUGAGGAUGAGCUGAGCUUUCACACUGGAGAUAUCCUAAAGAUCUUAAGUAACCAAGAGGAGUGGUUCAAGGCGGAGCUUGGGAGCCAGGAAGGAUAUGUACCCAAAAAUUUUAUAGACAUCCAGUUUCCUGAGUGGUUUCACGAAGGCCUCUCGAGACACCAGGCAGAGAACUUACUUAUGGGCAAGGAGGUUGGUUUCUUCAUCAUCCGGGCCAGCCAGAGCUCCCCAGGGGACUUCUCCAUCUCCGUCAGACACGAGGAUGAUGUUCAACACUUCAAGGUCAUGCGAGACAACAAGGGUAAUUACUUCCUGUGGACUGAGAAGUUUCCGUCCCUAAAUAAGCUGGUGGACUACUACAGGACAAAUUCCAUCUCCAAACAGAAGCAGAUCUUCCUGAGGGAUAGAGCCCGAGAAGAUCAGGGUCACCGGGGCAACAAUUUGGACAGGAGGCCCCAGGGAGGCCCACACCUCAGUGGAGCAGUGGGAGAAGAAAUUCGGCCUCCGAUGAACCGGAAGCUGUCAGAUCACCCACCUCUGCCUCCCUCCCAGUGCCACCCGCACCAGCAGCUGCCCCAGCCCUUCACCCCAGGGCCACAGCCACUACCACAGCAGCGGUACUUGCAACAUCAGCAUUUUAACCAGGACCGCCGUGGAGGCAGCCUGGACAUAAACGACGGGCACUGUGGCAUGGGCGUGGGCAGUGAAAUGAGUGCUGCCCUCAUGCACCGGAGACACACAGACCCGGUCCAGCUCCAAGUGGCAGGGCGUGUGCGGUGGGCCCGGGCACUGUACGACUUUGAAGCCCUCGAGGAGGACGAGCUGGGAUUCCGCACUGGAGAGGUGGUUGAAGUCCUGGACAGCUCCAACCCCUUCUGGUGGACCGGCCUGCUGAACAACAAACUGGGCCUCUUCCCAGCCAACUACGUGGCACCCAUGAUGAGAUGAACCCUUUGGGGGCCAGGGGCUUUUUGUCUGAAGCUGUCCAGAAGAGAGGGAGCAAGGAACAAGAGCCGGACCCCACGACUACAUAUACCUGAUAGAGUGUACAAGUGUGCUGGGGCCGAGCGGCAUCUCUAAGUUCACCGAUGUAUGCACACAUUUUAUAACAGUAUUUAUUGGCAAUGGGAUUGGUUAAUUAAUUGAUCUGAAAGGAAACACAGAUAGAGAAUGAUAUUCAGGCUUCUUUAUUGCUCCUCUGGGGUGUGCAGAAGGCAGUGGGGGAAGUGGGAAGCACAGGCAGCGGGAUGAUACAGAACUUUUUUUGUCGUUGAUCUCUCCCCCACUUCCUCCCUGGCUUGCGAGUUUUCCCAGAGAGCAGCUAAGCAGAGUCCACACCCCUGCCUCAGCCAAAGAACAGUAGGGUGGAGCUGAACACGGCGGGGCACGCUGGGGCUCCCCUGCACACCCCACGCACCUGGAGGGCUCGCAGGGCAGCUCACCGCCCGUUCUCCCGCUGCUGCAUUGAGAAUUAAGGAGCAGCCCGUCCGGGCCCGCAGGCACCAAGCAAGUCUGAGCAGGAAGCUGGCAGGGGCAAGAACCGCAGCAGCAACAUAAGAGAGGCGCUGCCAGAGCAAGGCUGGGCUCCCAGCUGCCAGUUGAGACGUUUCUCCUCCACCAGUGAACGCUCCUUGGGUAGCAAUCUUCUUCCCUGUGGCUGACGGGAGAGUAUCUCCAACGUGAAGAGAGAGGAGCCCAGGGCUGGGAAGCAGCAGUGGGGGUGGUUUCUUUACGGAUCCCCUGGGGCCUACUUGGCUAUAACCUCCGUUUCCCCAGCUACAAGGAAAGUAGCAUCCUGGAUUCUGUCAAGUGUUUGGAGAAGCACUGGCUGAAAAUGCAGAAUGUUAGAGUCACUGUUUGACAGCUUGGAGGGUGUCUCUGCAGGGCUCUGCUCGUUUUCUCUCUUGAUUUCCUAUGCUUGAAGCUGCCUUGCCCAGUGGCCCAGAGAGAAGCCAAGAGCCUUGACUAUGGAUCGAUAGAUGGAUUGAUGGACUGAGUAUGGCCCAGGGCAAGAGCUGGCUUGAAAAGAGCUUCCUGAUCCAUCGGACUGCUGAACCACUGCUGGAUUCCCCAUUUCCGAGAGUGGCUCCUAAGGAGAGGGACCACGCUGCCACUGUCCCUCCUUGACACCUCGGACCACAACUGUGUGUCCUAGUGCCCAUCUUGGGGAUGUGAUGCACAGCUCAGCCUGGGUAGAGGGCAACAGGGACCAGGACAGGAAGUGCUUUGCCUUCGUGGAGCCUGGGAACACACAUCUUCAUGCAGUACUCUUCAAAGGAGUGUGUGGGUGCACAUGCCUGCGCGUGUCCACACAUGUGCUUCUGUGCACACACGUGUGUGUGCUCAGACAGGAGAGAAAAGGUUGGGGUGGUGUCGGUGAGGAUGCAUGGGGGGCCCUAAUCCUUUGUUCCUUCUCCCAGCCCUUCCUGCUGCAGGGAGGAACAGAAGAGCAGCCAUUAGUACAAAUGAUAAAAGAAGAGUGCUUCUGACUCAGAAGGGACUGCCGGUGUAACGCCGGCUCUGUCCCUUGUGACUCUGAUUCUACAGUUCUCUGAUCCUCAUGUUCACUUUAGAGACCAAGGAGAAGAAAGGGCUCUGGACUGGGGACUGGGAGGGAAGAGAAAAUAGCCUGGAAGCGGCUGGGGGAGCAGAGUGUAAGUAAGGAGCAGCUGCAACCUUUAGAAGCGAAGGCAGGAAGAAGAGAAGAGGUGAGCAUUUCAGCAGAUCAUGGAGCACAGGAGAGGCAGAGGGAGGCAAGGGAGCAACAGAUCAAGCGGGGCAGGGAGGACAGGCGCAGUAAGGCUCUGGGCCACCAGUAAAAUGAAGGGAACUUGGGGGCAGGGGGCUGGAGCAAGGCAAGGAGCCAAGAUUCCCCAAGAGGAGAAAGAAGCAGGGGAAAGGGAGCCAAGGCACAGAGGACCUCAUCAGCUAUCUUGGUGCUAGGUGCGAGGUGAAACAUUGCAGUAAAUAAAAGCCAAAAGUAAUGUUGAUGUUACAGUAUUUGCAAACCAUAUGCUUUAAACAGCCCACCAACUUCAUCCAUUUGUCAGGUUCUGUGGGAGGACCAGGCCCGGUUAAGACAGAGACGAAUGAUUCUCUUCUGGUCUAGAUCUUGUGCCUGGAAACACUUUGCAAGAAGGCAGUAACGAGGCAGUGUCCUUGUUUUGCCAGGCUGCCCUCAGUGUCUCUGUGUGUGUUGGGGGAGGACACGGGGUGGGGGUGGUGGCAAGGGUCCUUGGGCUGAAGAGGCUGAGCACCAGGUGGGUGGUGUGGCAGAGCCCUCAGAAUGCCUGGAGCCAGGCGCCCUGUUCGAGCGAGGACCGUUGUAGGAGUGUGUGGGAGUGUUUUCUACUAAGGCGCUAAAACUGCCUUGCCCUGCUCGUCUGAGCAGCUCAGUCCAAAAGGACACAGGGGAGAAUCACCCAAGCCACCAAGGACAGCAAGACACUUAGGGACCAAGCUAAGAAGACAAAGACCAAAAUCUUCACACUGGGCGGCACAGGGUGCAAGCUCAACCCUCCUCAGCCUCUGCUGCUGCUCGUGUGGCGGUGGGCAGCGUGAUGUGGUCGCCCGGGUGGGCGCCUGCCUGAAGUCCCAACUGCUCAGAUAACUGAGGCAGGAAACCACCUCAGCUCAAGAGUUCAAGGCCAGCCUUGGGAGAAUACCCAAAUCCUAUCUCAAGAGAAAAAAAAAGAGCUCUCCUAACCCAAAGCAAAACAGCCCACAUCAGGGGGCAGAGGUUGCUCACCUGCCCCUCAUCCCUACCCCAGUUUCUACCCACCAGCAUCUCAGCAGCAAGGGGGUGUUCACCCAGCGCCUCUCACCAGCCACAUAACCAGCCGCCAGCACAUUGCCUCUGAUUUGGGCUGCGAUGGUCUCUGGCUUCGGGGCAGGGAACUUCCAGAGAAAAACCAGUUCCUGAUGGACCAGUUGGGUUCUCCUAACGGCCUGCCAAGGCUCCCUGCAUGUCAACUAUCUGGCACCUGCCGCUGCCCACCCACUUUUAGACAGCCUCACAGUGAUCUAAGGCGGCUGCUUUUCAACUCUUCAAGUGCCUACAAACUGCCUAGGGAUCGUGCUAAAAAAAAUGCAACUGCUAAUUCGAUCCCGCAUUUCUAAGCAGCUCCCAGGUACCGCUCCUGGGCCCACACCAGGAGCUUCCAGAGCAAAGAACUUGGCGGUGAGCUAAACAGCUACACACAUAACUAACUGGAUUCCUUUUCUGGGGAUAUUCAGUCAUCCCUCUGUUGCUGAUGAAGAAAUCACUUUGGCUUUGGGACAGACACAGCUGACAACUGUCCUCAUGACAUCAUUCCUAUCUGGCAGCCCGCUGACUUUUUUUCCCCUCAUCAUCGCCAUCGGAAAUCACAAACUUUUUGAGUGGCAAGCAUUCCGAUGAAACUCAAGCGGAACUUCCAGGUGGUAAUUGUGUAUUUUGAACAUAAGCAGAGGUUAAUGAAGAAGUUGUGAAAGCUUUCUCAGGAAAUCUUUCAACAUAAAACUGAGGCCCAUCACAUGGGGCUCUAAGUAAGUCAAGGGUAGGCGUGUCCGAGACCUCUGCUAACCCACCAGGCACAGUGGCGCCUGCCUGUAGCCCCAACUGCUCAGAUAAUUGAGGCAGGAAACCACCUCAGCUCAAGAGUUCAAGGCCAGCCUUGGGAAAAUACCCAAAGCCUAUCUCAAGAGAAAAAAAAUAAAAUAAAAGAGCUCUCCUAACCCAAAGCAAAACAGCCCACAUCAGGGACGGAUGGGCACAAUCAAACUAUUCACUGGUUGCUUUGUCUAAAGUCAACGUGGCUGUGUGUCUAUACUAUAGCAUGGAGUGUGAGAAAAAUCUUUAUUGUCUCAGUUCUUUUAAAAAAUAUUUCUCAAGUUCCUCCACUUCCUCACCACAGCCAUGCCACCCUCAAGCCACUUGCAGACAACUGUGUUACCCACCAUACUUUCUCCCUGUCUUCCCUGUUGUGUCCAGUACAUUCUACACACACACACACACACACACACACACACACACACACACACCAGGGUGAUCUUUGUACAAAUAUAUCUGAUCACACCACUCUCCUUCCCAUUACAUUUAACCUCCAACCCUAAGUCCUAAGAGCUCCUGUGGGGUCUGAUCCUGGCUAGGAUCUCUCUCCAGCUUUCUCUGGUGCCGUGCCCACUUUGCUGUCAUAGCUCUGCCCCACUGCUGUCCUUUCAACCUCCAGAUGGACAAGCAUUUGUCCCUCAUCUCCCACACCUGCACAUCCCUCUGUCUGGAAUGCACAGCCUCUGUCCUUCACCGGCCAACUCUGAGUUCAGGUCUGGUUUUAAAAUGUCACUUCCUCACACGUUCUUCUCCGACCCCUAAUCUAAAAUAACCCCUCCUAGUAGACUGUCUCGUGAAUCCCAUGCCUUUCCUGAAUGGCACACGGGCAGAUGGUGGCAACUGAGUCAUGUGACUAUCGGACUAGAAGCUCCAUGGGGCAGGGAUCGUUUGUGUUUUGUAAACCCUUGUAUGUCCAGUAUCUCACACUGUGCGUGGCACACAGAUGCUCAGUAAAUAUAUAUCUAAUGAAUAAACAAGGGAAGCCUGCCUCACCUCA